UCUUUUAACUUAGUUGCAGGUAUCAGUCGUUGUGUCAAUAUGUGGGACGAAGGAUGCAUCAAUGGUCAACUUCCGGGAGCAGGUCGCGAUGAUGAUUAUGUAGGAGGCAGCUUCAGCCCCGGUAAGCGAUGCAUCAACGUUUGGGAUGAAGGGUGCACGAAUGGACAACUUCCAGGUUCAGGACGUGACGAUGAUUAUGUAAACGGUGGUUUCAACCCUGGAAAGCGGUGUAUCAACAUGUGGGACGAAGGCUGCACAAACGGGCAGCUUCCGGGAGCAGGUCUUGAUGACGACUACGUCAACGGUGGAUUUAGUCCUGGAAAGCGAUGUCUUGAUACUUUAGGUGGAUGUAACAGUGGCUGGCUGGGCAGUUCAAAAGGAACUUUAGGGGGGUAUCGCAAACAGUUUGGCCUGUAUAAAAACAAACAUCAAUAAAGCUAUCGACAUUUGCUACCGCAAGCAACUAUUUUUUAUAUAUUUACUUCAAAAUAAUUUUUAAAUGUGUUUUGUCCUUUUUCUCUUAAGCUGUCAACGAUCUUUGGCACAAUAACUGAAAAUAGUUUAAUUAAUAAAAAUUAAAAAAAAAAAACGUC